AAAUGUCAGUCGGCCCGAGACAUUUGCACAGAGUGGAUAUUAAUUGUGGAAUAUCGAUAAUCAAAACCAAAACAAACAGAAAAUGAAACUAAUCUUAAUUUGCGCUCUAUUUGUGGCCGUGACGUGUGCCGAAGAUCAAGUUGAUUUUAUCACGAACGAGUCGAAUGUGGAAUACAAUGGCAAAUUCUACUACCAAUACGAGCUGCUCGACGGCUCAAAAGCUAUACAAAACGGCGAAUUGAAAAAGAUCGGAGAGGAUCAGUACGGCGAAGCGGUCAAAGGAUAUUUCUCGUUCCCUGGCGACGAUGGCCAGGAAUACUCCAUAAGUUAUACAGCCGACGAGAAUGGCUAUCGGCCAGUUGGCGAUCAUUUGCCCACACCGCCACCCACGCCCGAGUCGGUGCUGAAAACCCUCAAAUACCUAGCCGAGCAUCCCUACCAGCCCAGCGAGAAACAGCCGUAGUCGAUAGACUAGCGCACCCAGCAUAUAUAUGUGAUCUUUAAUGUGAAGUCAACAACAACUGUGAACCAAAAGAACUGAACGAGUCAAGUUAAAGCUAUAAAAUAUACACAACACUAGCAAAUUGAAAAAAA